GAAGAUGAACAGAACUGAAUUUUAGGACCUACUCCUGAUGGGCUGGAUUUUAUCUUGGCAGGAGUUUUUGAAGAUUGAUGCAGUGAGAGAAGCAACAGCCAAUGGCUUCAGAAUCCAUGGUCCCUGAGCAGGCAAAACAACAUCUGAUAAAGGGAAAAAGGCGGCAGCAGCAGCAAACUCAGCCUUCCGUCAGUGAUGGGGAUGAGGAUGUCUUCGUGUUUGAGGCCAGCGAGGCUUGGAAGGAUUUUCACAGCUCUCUUCUUCACUUCUUUGAAGCUGGAGAGCUCUGUGAUGUUACACUGAAGGUUGGUUCCAAGCUAAUCUCCUGCCACAAACUGGUGCUAGCUUGCGUUAUCCCGUACUUCCGAGCCAUGUUUCUGUCGGAAAUGGCUGAAGCCAAGCAGAAGCUGAUUGAGAUCAGGGACUUUGACGGCGAUGCCAUCGAGGACCUGGUGAAGUUCGCUUACUCCUCGCGGCUCACGCUGACUGUGGAUAACGUGCAGCCCCUCCUGUAUGCUGCCUGCAUCCUGCAGGUGGAACUGGUGGCAAAGGCCUGCUGUGAGUACAUGAAGCUGCACUUCCACCCCUCCAACUGCCUGGCAGUCAGGGCGUUUGCCGAGAGCCACAACCGCAUCGACCUGAUGGACAUGGCUGAUCAGUUUGCCUGUGAACAUUUCACAGAGGUGAUGGAGUGCGAGGACUUCGUGAGCGUGUCACCACAGCACCUCCAUAAACUCCUGUCCUCCAGUGACCUGAACAUUGAAAAUGAAAAGCAGGUUUACAAUGCUGCUAUUAAGUGGCUGCUGGCCAAUCCACAGCAUCACGCUACGUGGCUGGAUGAGAUCCUUGCACAGGUACGGCUGCCUCUCUUGCCCAUUUGUUUCCUUAUGGGUGUUGUGGCAAAGGAAGAGAUUGUCAAGCAGAAUCUAAAAUGUAGGGAUUUGCUGGAUGAAGCAAGGAACUACCACCUUCACCUGAGCAGCAGGGCAGUGCCUGACUUUGAGUACUCCAUUCGCACAACACCAAGGAAGCAGACUGCUGGUGUGCUCUUCUGUGUCGGUGGCAGAGGUGGAUCAGGUGACCCCUUCCGCAGCAUCGAGUGUUACUCCAUCAGUAAGAACAGCUGGUUCUUCGGCCCUGAAAUGAACAGCAGGAGGAGGCAUGUGGGAGUGAUCUCUGUGGGAGGUAAAGUCUACGCAGUAGGUGGACAUGAUGGAAAUGAACACUUAGGAAGCAUGGAAGUAUUUGAUCCUCUCACAAACAAGUGGAUGAUGAAGGCAUCAAUGAACACCAAGAGGAGAGGCAUCGCCCUGGCGUCCCUGGGCGGCCCCAUUUACGCCAUUGGGGGCCUGGAUGACAACACGUGCUUCAGCGACGUGGAGCGCUACGACAUCGACUCCGACCGCUGGAGCGCCGUGGCCUCCAUGAACACUCCCCGCGGAGGUGUCGGCUCCGUGGCCCUGGUGAACCAUGUUUACGCCGUGGGUGGCAAUGACGGUGUAGCAUCUCUUUCCAGUGUGGAGAAAUAUGAUCCCCACUUGGAUAAGUGGAUAGAAGUAAAAGAAAUGGGUCAGCGAAGGGCUGGGAACGGUGUCAGUGAGCUCCACGGCUGCCUGUAUGUUGUGGGUGGGUUUGAUGACAACUCGCCCCUGAGCUCGGUGGAGCGCUUUGACCCACGCUGUAACAAAUGGGAAUAUGUGGCAGAGCUCACAACUCCAAGGGGUGGUGUUGGCAUAGCGACACUGAUGGGAAAAAUUUUUGCAGUUGGAGGUCAUAAUGGCAAUGUGUACCUGAAUACAGUGGAAGCAUUUGAUCCCAUAGUGAACAGGUGGGAACUCGUGGGCUCAGUGUCACACUGCAGGGCAGGGGCGGGCGUGGCUGUGUGCUCCUGUCUCAGCAGCCAGAUCCGGGAUGUGGGCCAAGGAUCCAGCAAUGUGGUGGAUUGCAUGUGAGCUCUGCCACCUCCUCCAAAUUCCAAAGGAAAGCUACAAGGGAGCCACCAUAGAGCUUCUAAACACCGUGUUCUGUAUGGUUAAGGAAUAAAUCCAGCACAUUUUCUUUGUGAAAAUGGUAUUUUCUGCAACUGUAAAGCUUUUGGUGGCUUUCUAUCAAUAGUGAUACAGAAAAGCCUGUGAAAACAUGGAAUAAAAGUGUGACUCACAGGAACAAACCUGCCAAGAACUGCAAUCAUCCCAUUUUUGUGAAGCUGCAAUUUCAAAAUCAUUUGAAGGAGCUGUUGCAAGGACUCAACAUUGAACUGUAAAUCAGGCAUGUGGUAAGGAGAGCAGCAGCAGCUACUGCUGCUGAGCCUCCCCCAACAGCCCUGCUACAUGUUCUCUGGAGGACUCAAGUGCCAUUUCAUUUAACUUAUUUUCUGGAAUGAGUCUUAAACGUUUCCCAAUUGUACAAGAGUUUUGUAACAGAACGUGUCUCUAGUUCUAGAAGUAAUGACAUCUCUGAUGUACCCUGAGAUAAUUGAGGCAGAGAAGUUCACUGCUUACCUCCCAAGGGAAUGCUGGCAGCAGUGGCAAUUGCAGGGAUUCUGUCUGAAAACUGUCUUUCUAAGUACUUUCUCAAGCUAAUAAACUUGUUAGAAAGCUGGCAAGAUUCUUGACCUGAGUUCAGCCACUGGAAUACUGCCAUUCUCUAGUCUUCCAUAAAAUUUGUAGUUACUACCCCUUUCCAAAGGAGAGUGUCUCUUGAGAUGUCCUGAAGUAACCAGUAUAAUUUGUCCUAUUUUGAGAUGAUAGUGUGUAAAAAUUUAGGCUUCAGUGGUGUUUUGAAUCACCAUUUUUAUACAAAAUGGAAAUGCAUAAUAAAAUUGGUAUUCUGUAAAACUUCUGAAGUGCAAUGCUAGAAGACUCGACUGAAUUCAGUAUCCAGUAGCAGCUCUGGUAACAUUCUUGAGUUACUUGCUCUUUUAAGGGAGCAGAUAAAUAACCUCAAAACCUUAAAUGAACCAAAGAAAGUCAGCAAGAAAGAUAACUGGGAAUAAAUGAGUAUUUCCAUCAAAAAUUGAGAUAGCAACAUAACAGCCCUGCAUACAAUGAUGUCUUGUUACACCAUUACAAACCCUGAAUCCUGAGUAAAGUCCUGCAGAUUCCUGUUGCUGCAUCACCUUGAACAGACCAACAACUGACAAUCCUUUGUGACCAAAGUUUCACAAUUACCAGGUUGUUCUAAAUGCCCAGGGAGAGCAGCAAACUUCUCUGCAUUCAGAACCUGGCAGAAGCAGGACAGCUGGAGUGAGGAGGCACAGUCGUGUUUUUCUGCUAAGUCACCAUCAUUUGGCUUUCCUGCCCAAAAUAGCUUUGCACUUUGGUGCACUUUUUGCACCCAGGGACAAAGGGAACGGUACUGUAAAUAAUGAAAUAAUGCAAUAAAACGUUUGUACUUCAAAGCACCUCA